AUGGCUGCAUCCGGGGGCUCGGAAUCACAGCAAAAUGAUGAAAGACACCUCUUGAUGGAGAAGUUGAAUCAACAAUGUAAAGAUCUCUUUGUCGACAGAAUAUAUUUGGUAAGCCGGUGUUUUUUCUUAUUCCCUUCGUCUUUUAGACAUGCAAUCAGACUCAUCCAGGGAUGGGAUUGGAGAGGGAGGCCAUGUUAUUUAUAUCUGAUGUUCUUAUUCAUAUUUUGGGGGAGAUCCUCAGACAGAAGCCGGAGAGUCGAACAGAUCUCAUGGACAAGGUCCGAGCGACUUUUCCCAGUACUCUCGAGAGUUUUGUAAUGAAGGUACGAGCAUUUUGAAUCAUUAAUUAAACCCCAGGGUUACUGUCGUCACUCUAAUGCCUGUUUAUAGCAUCAUGACCCGAAAGAGGAACUCCCUGGUCUCUUUAGUAAGAGCAGAUCAAAGGAAGCCAAAUCUCUGAAUUCAACAUUCACUCGUCUCCAAACGAUUGUCAAAGAGAAUAACCCCCAUCGUUUGGACGACAAUGCCACCAUGGAGAUAAUGGCCAUCCUCGAAUACAUAAACUAUCUGAUCAUUAAUUGGUCGGGUACUUAUGUAAAUAAGAUGAUGGACGAUAACAGGACGAUCACUUUAUCUGCAUUAAGAACAGCUUUGAAUGCAGAUCGAGAUUUAGCUGAUUUGGUGGAUGGAUUAAUGGGAGAAAGCGAUUAUGAUGAUGUGGAAAAGGAGAAUGCAGUAAUCCGGGAAACAAUGCCUGCCAAGUUGAGUACAGCCGAUGCCAAUCAGUAUGAGAAGAUCUGCAGGACUUUCUGCAAGGACGAAAAAAGUUUUAUCGAAGAUGUCAGUACUAUUGUGAAUGUGUUUAAGAGGAGAUUGGAGCAAGGAAUUGGGACUGAUGCAACUGGAAAGGUACUUUAAUUUUAGGUUUAAAUCCCUUUAUAGAGAUUAUUAACAUCGGUCUUUGGAAACGUUGGGGAAAUCUAUGAAUUGGCGAUCAAAAUUCAUCGGACGAUUGACGAAGGGAUGGAGAUGACAGAUCCCCCUUGCAUUGGUGCUGGCUUCAUCGAAUUGGUCGAGGGAAUGGAAUUCGAGGCCUUUGUUAAUUUUGCUGUAAGUAUUAUGGUUACAACAUUAUUGGUUUAGUCCAUCUUCGAGGGGAACAUCCAUCAGAAAGUGAUCCAUCUUAUCCAAGAACCCAAAUAUAAAACCUUUUUUGACCUGGAAGACAGAACUUAUAGCUCAUUACCUACAGGCCAGACCUUUCGAAUGGCCGUGAAAUACGUUCUGCCAGCUUUGUUAUACACCGUUGUUGCCCAUUUUUACACUUACCUCAAGUAUAUCAAGUUGUUGUAUAAGAGUAGUUUGUCCGAGAUGGAUCGGGAAGAUCUUUACAACUGUGAAGUGCUGUUGGUACAAGUGAGCAAACAAUUACCGGCUCUAAAUAAUUUGUAAGUACAGCGUUAAAUUCGGAUGACAUUAAAUUAAAAAUUAUUUUGCUUUAGAGAAAAACAUGGCCAUCGUUUUAAAAAAGAGACGUCAUGGCCUGUAGGAAUCAUUCCGAGGAUUCAGAAGAGCAUUGACGGAUGGGUGGGGAAGAAUAUUGGAAGUCAAUGUUAUGCUUUUAUCAGAGAAGGCGAUCUUCAGAAGGUUAGACACAGUCCAACAUUGGCCGGUAAGCGUAAUAUUGCAUUUUUAUUUGGGUUUUGUUAAUAUAGAUAACAUCCUGAGAGGAAAGAGCUCUACCGAACGGCAUAUCUUCCUAUUCGACAACAUUCUUGUGGUUACGAAGACAAUAAAACAAAACAAAGGCGAUGUUUACAAGUACAAGGACCAGUUUGAUAUACGAAAAGCUGAUAUUAUCGAUCUUCCUGAUGAUGAAGGUAGCUUUUUUUGUAUAUAUUUUGUUAACUAAUCUAUUUUAUCCAGAUCUCAAAAAUGCCUUUCGAAUUCGAGCAGCGACGAAGGGAUCUGAUGUAAAGGAGAUAACUUUGUUUUGUCAUACUGUAGAAGAGAGAGAUGACUGGAUGACGUCAUUAAUUGAGAUGCAAACAGCCAGUAUUCUUCAUCGAAUGCGCGAUUCCUAUCAGAAGGAGGAAGAGAAGAGGGUACCUUUGAUGAUCCCUACACCCGCUGAAUACCGUUAUGCCGAGCCAGAUAUGGAUGAGAAUAUAAUAUUCGAGGAUUACACCCAUAAUAGCGGGGUCCCCGUGGUCAGAAGUGGAACCAUUCUCAAGCUGGUUGAGCGCCUCACUUAUCCCCAUUACGUGGACAGCGAGUUUGUGAAGACGUUUAUGACAACCUACCGAUCUUUCUGUUCGUCUACAGACCUAAUGGACUAUCUGAUCGAGAGAUUCAGCAUCCCCGUGCCCCAGGUUUUUGCUCAUCUGGACCAACAAUUCACAACCCCUAUUCAGGCAAUCAAGAGUGGAGGUCCUCUUGCUGGGAGAUAUGACACGGUCCAAUCCCAUGGAUGGCAGACUUACAAUCAAAUCUCGCCAGCCAAUCUUGAACAGGCUUUUCAUCGAUUUAGAGAAGAAUAUCAGAAGCCAAUACAGCACAAGGUCAUGCAGAUAAUGAACCAUUGGGUCCGCUAUCACUCCUACGACUUCUGUGAUCCGGAUCUUUGCAAGAAAAUGAAGGAAUUUUUGAAUGGGAAUGUUAUAAAGCUAUCCAACAAUCAGAAGAAGUGGGCCGCCAAAAUUCUGGAUGCUCUGGAAAGGAAGCAAAAGGAAGCCGAUCCCUCCUCACCCACAGAAGAUCGAGUAGAAGAGAACAAAGUGGAGAUCGCCUUCUCUCAAGAUGUCCCCGAGAUUGUAUGGCAUACAGCCAAGCAAGGUGACAUUGAUAAUUAUGACAUCUUGACAUUACAUCCAUUGGAGAUUGGUCGUCAAGUCACUUUACUUCACUUUUAUUUAUAUCGGGCUAUAAAACCAAUUGAAUUGGUAGAUGCUGCAUGGACAAAACAGGAUGAGAAGUACAAAAAGAGUCCUCAGUUACUAAAGUUGAUUGAUCAUAGUACCAAAGUGGGUCUCGUUAAUGAACAAUAAUAUUUUUAGUUGACGUAUUGGGUGGCCAAGUCGAUUGUGGAGACCAAAUCGAUGGAAGAGAGAGUUGAGAUCUUCUCCAGGGUCCUUGAAAUCAUGUGUGUUUUUGAGGAAUUAAAUAAUUUUAAUGGAGUUGUCGCCUUCUAUUCGGCGUUAAAUUGCAGUUCGGUGUUCAGGUUAAAGGACAGUCAAUCCGUGAGUAAUAUUAUGAAUGAAAUUAUUGUUUUAGCGAUUGGAUAAGGAGAAACAAGCAUGGUACGGUAGAUUCCAGAAGCUCUGUGAUCCCCAUUGGAAGGAAAUGCUUCAGAGAUUACGGUCAAUUAAUCCACCUUGUGUUCCCUUUGCUGGUGAGUCUUUUUUGAGAAUGUAACAGUGUAUUUCAUGUUUCAGGAACAUAUCUGAGUCAGAUAUUCUUCUUUAAAACCGGCCGAAGUACUUAUCAUCAAGCGGAUAAUGAUCUUCAUGACAACGUAAGUAACAAAACCCCUUAUUAAAGUUAUUUCUAGGACCCUGAGGCCCACAAUCGAAAGCUGGUCUCAUUUAUGAAAUGUCGUAAGAUUGCUGCAGUGAUUCGGGAGAUCCAGAUGUAUCAAAACCAACCUUAUGCCCUUCAAGUUGAACCUUCAAUAAGAGUGGGUUACUGUAAUUCUAAAACGAAUUAAAAUAUUUUAGCAAUUCUUUGAGCAGAUCGAUCCAUUGGAAGGAUUUUCGGAUAAAGAUGAUUUCGAGACUUACCUUUACAACAAAUCAAAAGAGUUGGAGCCGAGGGAAGGGACCAACACCGACAAUACGGUAGGAAGAUUGCUGUAGUUUAAAAGUGCUUUAGAAACCGAAACAUUCUCAAGAAGAACUCAAGUCGCCUGGAAUCAAACCUUCCAAGACCAACUCCAAUUUCCAACGAUCUCGUAGUCACAACGCCUAUCAUUCCCAUACCAUGCCGGCCCCCUUCCCUCACAAACCCGCCCCCAAGUCCAACCUAACAUCACCGGUCCAAAAAAGCCCUCCGGCGUUAAAUCCGACGGACGAGAAUCCCUUUGCGAUCGUCGAUAUCAGUCCAGGACACCAUCCCAAAUGGGUUGGGGAUGCUCACGGAAGGAUCAAUCAGGCGUUUACAUCCGAAUACAUCUCCGCCCAACCUCCGCAUUCAGCUGGUGUUUGCUCUAGUUCUUCUCCAAGUGAUCACAGAAGUCCGUCCUCAGCGAAUACAUCUUCUACACCAACAUCUUCCAGAAGAUUCCCUCCGGCUCCGUUAUCAUCCCAUGAAACAAGAUUCGCGUUCCCUCCCGUUCAUCCGCAGGCAUCUUCCAAGAUGAAUCCAAAGGCCUUACCUGCCGUCACUAAUGCUACCUUCACCUUAUCUCAGCCCCCAUUGAGGAAAGAUGUGACUGGAUCGUCUCAGACGUUACCCUUAAGGAAGCCGCCGGCUCCGAAUCCAAGUUCUCCUCCGCUUUCGGUACCUUUAAUGGGGAGGAAAGAGGAGUCUGGUAAGCAAUUGCAAUAUCUAAGUGUCAUGUAUACUAUGAUAUUUAAUAAAAAAAUCAUUCAGAGAUUCGGCAAGACUUCUCCGCUUCAUUGGAUGAUCCUCCGGGAAUUCCACCUCGUCAGAAUCAUCAUAUAGGUAUGUCAUUAGCAGGGUUUCACGAAGGUUCGAAUUAAGUUCAAGUUCGCGAAUGCAAGUUGUUUAUCAAUCUGUCGGGAAAAUCGUGGUGAGUCGUCGCGCUCAUCGCUUUGAGACGACAAGUCGCAGCUGGAGAUUUGGUGCGCGACUGCACGCUUUUUCGACGAGGCGAAAGAUUUUGUUGCGACGACCCGCCAUUAUUUACUGAUAUUUGAACGGAAAUUGGGCACUUAUUUGGGUCUCAAACACAAAAACUUUUUUUAAAGAAACUCGAUUUUCGGCGUUGGAAAAUUAUGUUUUCUUCCUGCAUACUGAAGUUUAUGCACACAAAGAGGAAAAGAUUUGCAGCAAAGAUCCUGAAAAAAAUAGACUUGGUUUUGAACUUGGAGGCCUUGAAUUCCUGAACUUGGCGUUCAAAAAUUAUCCAACUUGAACUUGGGUUUUGAAUUCUGUGGAGCUCUGGUGAUUACCGGAACAAUGAUAAUGAUUAUUCAGAAGAUAGCAGAUCUCCCUCGCCUCGAUCCCCAACUGUCAGUCUGAUGGUCCCACUUCCAUCCUCGGCUGGUGGAAGAUCAGAGCAUUCGGUGACUUCAGAUGAAGCCCGGGCCCCACCACGACCUCCCAAACCGACUGGAUUGUCGAGGAAUCCAUCUUCGGCCGGCAUGAAUGGUCCCUCUAAUGAAGAGAUGCGGGCGCCCCCUCUCCCACCCAAGCCUAGACUGGCCUCCCAGGAUGCGCGCCCUUCUCCUCAGGAUCCUCAAAGUCUGGACGCCCCUCCGUUGCCUCCCAAACCGAAGCACAAGUCAUGA